AUGGCGGUGGAGGGGGAGAACGCCGAGACGGAUCCACAGGAGGAGGAGGCUUUCCUGGACGUCUUGGAAGGCGAAGACGCCAAGGGGCCGAUGGUGAAAGCAUCCUUCAAGGUGCAGGUUGGGAACCUGGCAGUGGCACUGUGUUUCCUGCCUGAUCAGCAGGACACGGAGUUGUUUUCCGAUCCCGAAAAGACACAACCGCAGCCACGGCUGUUGCCCAUCGACGCGCGGCCGAUGCAGAGGCCAGAACACCAGGGUCAGCUAUGUCUUGGAGGUUUGUCCUUCAGCUUGGACAAGAAGCUCACCGAGCCGGAGGAGGAACCCUUCUGGAACUUUUCGGCUCGGCUGCUCAGUGGGAUGAUCACCUGGGUUAACUUCGGCUCGGCAGCCUUGCUGACAGCCUUGGAGUGCACCUGCAUCAGUACCAAGAGGAUGGAGAGGCUGAAGAGGAAGAGGAGGCCACGGUUCCGGCCACGCCUCCCAGCCACGGUUCCAGCCCGGCGCGAGAGAUGCCAAUAG